CACUGGCCAGAUCCUCCAACAUUUCGGGGGCGGCAUCCCUGCGGGGCCGGCUGCUGGAGGUGGGGGGGCCGAACACACACUUUGUGCGGCCAUCUGACCUUCAGGGAGUCUGGGGAGAGGUUUGAAAGGAUUUUGGACAAGAGGCCUUGAGACUCCAAGAGAAAGAACAAGAAAAGGGGCCAGAGAAGCCUGCGCCCAGGGGGGAGACAGACUGAGUUCGCGAAGAGGGGUGAUUAUCCGAGAUAAUUAUGUAAAAGACGUGGCGAGGAGUUCUCCAUGGCUGCGACUUGGAGUUUACUCUGCCUGAGCCACAGGACGAAGUCUUCAGGCUGGCCACCUCCCUCGGGAACCUGGGGCUUGAACCAGGUCCCCCCCUAUGGAUGGGAGAUGACGGCGAGCCGGGAUGGCCGGGACUGCUUCAUCAGUCACAUGACUCAGGCAAUCCCAUUUGAUGACCCCCGGUUGGACAGCUGCCAGAUCAUCCCCCCGGCCCCGCGGAAGGUGGAGAUGCGGAGGGACCCCGUCCUGGGAUUCGGCUUCGUGGCGGGGAGUGAAAAGCCAGUGGUCGUUCGCUCAGUGACACCAGGUGGCCCCUCGGAAGGCAAGCUUAUCCCGGGAGAUCAGAUCGUAAUGAUUAAUGAUGAGUCAGUCAGCGCUGCGCCGAGGGAGCGGGUCAUCGAUCUGGUCAGGUGGGUGACAGGCUCCUGUGCGGGGUCCCGCUGAGAAGUUGGCUGCACAGCUGAGGCCUCACUGGGCAGAGGAUGGGCUGCCCGGGCCCAUUAGGGCGGAAACACGCCCCCCCCCCGCCCCCCACACACACACACACAUUCACCUGGAAAAUGCCGGUGACGCUGAACUCUAACAUGAAAAGACACGUGCUCCGUAAACACAGAACACCCCGUCGCUCACCCCGUGUUGCGUUAACAUUCAGAAUGCAUGCACUUCAGCUCAAACUGGUUUUGACUCCCAUCUCUCUUACCCUAUCCAUGUGUUUUUCCUUCCAAAAUUGCUAACACAUUGACAGUCCAUAACCAAGGAGAUCAACAUGCCCUGCCUGGAUUCAGUUUAAGGGAUGAGUAAUUUACAUACGGAAUCUCACGGAAACGAA